UGGCGAAAAACUGAGUCACACCCACUUCGCCAUUUUGUAUUCCUUGGCUGCAUUGUUGGAAGAGACAAGUAGCUUUCGCUUUAAAAAAACGCAUCUAAUGACUGUCGGAAAUCUUUGAUAGAAUUUGUUACUCGUUUUAUUACCGUGUACUAAAGUCAGGUUUCACAUAGCAGAGCUUGACACCGCAAAAAAUAGAGCUAACGGCUCGCUGCUUUGGCUAGCAACGCGGUUGCUGCUAGCGAACGACAAAGAACGUAUUUUCCUCUUAAACUGUAAACCUGCCGGCUGACACGUUGACGUCCACCGUGCAAGAAGCGAAGACCGAGGAGAUGGCGAGCCCCGUGGGGACCGUGGCUGACAGCACAGAACCGACAAAACGUAUGCUUUCCUUCCAAGGGUUGGCUGAGCUGGCACACCGGGAAUAUCAGUCAGGGGACUUUGAGGCAGCAGAGCGCCAUUGCAUGCAACUAUGGCGCCAGGAGCCUGAUAACACGGGCGUGCUGCUGCUCCUGUCCUCCAUUCACUUCCAGUGCAGAAGACUUGACAGGUCUGCCCACUUCAGUACAUUGGCCAUCAAACAGAACCCAAUGUUGGCGGAGGCGUACUCUAACCUGGGCAACGUGUACAAGGAGCGAGGGCAACUUCAGGAGGCCAUCGAACAUUACCGUCAUGCUCUGCGACUGAAACCAGAUUUCAUCGACGGCUACAUCAACCUGGCAGCAGCUCUGGUUGCCGCCGGGGACAUGGAGGGAGCAGUGCAGGCUUAUGUGUCCGCAUUACAGUAUAACCCUGAUCUGUAUUGUGUGCGUAGUGACUUGGGCAACUUGCUUAAAGCACUUGGACGCUUGGAAGAGGCCAAGGCUUGCUACCUGAAAGCCAUUGAGACUCAGCCCAACUUUGCAGUGGCUUGGAGCAACCUGGGUUGUGUGUUCAAUGCCCAGGGAGAGAUAUGGCUGGCCAUACACCAUUUUGAAAAGGCUGUGACUUUGGACCCAAAUUUCCUUGAUGCUUACAUCAAUUUAGGAAAUGUUUUGAAGGAAGCCCGAAUCUUUGACAGAGCUGUGGCUGGAUAUUUGAGAGCCCUCAGUCUUAGUCCCAACCAUGCUGUUGUACACGGAAACCUGGCCUGUGUCUACUAUGAACAAGGCCUCAUUGACCUGGCUAUUGACACCUACCGUAGAGCCAUUGAGCUUCAACCCCACUUCCCAGAUGCGUACUGUAAUUUGGCAAAUGCCCUGAAAGAGAAAGGCAAUGUGUCUGAGGCAGAAGAGUGCUACAACACAGCUUUGCGUUUGUGCCCAACCCAUGCAGACUCCCUUAACAACUUGGCUAAUAUCAAGCGUGAGCAAGGCAACAUUGAGGAGGCUGUUCAGCUGUACAGGAAAGCCCUAGAGGUGUUCCCAGAGUUUGCUGCUGCUCACUCCAACCUUGCCAGUGUUUUGCAGCAGCAGGGGAAACUUCAAGAAGCCCUCAUGCACUAUAAGGAAGCUAUCAGAAUCAGCCCCACAUUUGCAGAUGCCUACUCAAACAUGGGCAACACGCUUAAAGAAAUGCAAGAUGUGCAAGGAGCGCUCCAGUGCUACACACGUGCCAUCCAGAUCAACCCUGCUUUUGCUGAUGCUCACAGCAACUUGGCUUCAAUACACAAAGAUUCUGGAAACAUCCCAGAGGCCAUUGCUUCUUACCGCACAGCCUUGAAACUCAAGCCUGAUUUUCCUGAUGCAUACUGUAACUUGGCACAUUGUUUGCAGAUUGUGUGCGAUUGGACAGAUUAUGAUGAUCGGAUGAAGAAGCUUGUGAGCAUUGUUGCUGACCAGCUAGAAAAGAAUCGCUUGCCAUCAGUGCACCCUCAUCACAGUAUGUUAUACCCGCUCUCUCACGGCUUCCGCAAGGCCAUUGCUGAGCGCCAUGGAAACCUUUGUCUGGACAAGAUCAAUGCAUUGCACAAACCUGCCUAUGAGCAUCCCAAAGAUCUGAAGGCCAGUGGUGGACGUCUGCGUAUUGGUUAUGUCAGCUCAGACUUUGGCAACCAUCCAACAUCUCACUUGAUGCAGUCCAUACCUGGGAUGCAUAAUCCUGAGAAAUUUGAGGUGUUUUGUUACGCACUGAGCCCUGAUGACAGUACCAACUUCAGAGUGAAAGUUGUGGCAGAGGCUCAUAAUUUCACAGACCUCUCACAGAUUCCUUGCAAUGGAAAGGCAGCUGAUCGAAUUCACCAGGACGGUGUCCACAUUCUGGUUAACAUGAAUGGAUAUACCAAGGGAGCCAGAAAUGAGCUGUUUGCGCUCCACCCUGCACCAAUUCAGGCCAUGUGGCUAGGUUACCCUGGAACCAGUGGUGCACCCUUCAUGGACUACAUCAUCACCGACAAGGAGACAUCACCUAUUGAAGUAGUGGAGCAAUAUUCUGAGAAGGUUGCCUACAUGCCACAUACAUUUUUCAUUGGAGAUCACGCCAACAUGUUUCCUCAUCUCAAGAAAAAGGCAGUGAUUGAUUUCAAAUCAAAUGGACACAUCUUUGACAACCGCAUUGUUCUCAACGGUAUUGACCUGAAGGCCUUCUUGGACAGUCUGCCCGAUGUUAAAGUGAUUAAGAUGAAAUGUGACAACAAUCAGGAACCAGCGACAGACACAAAUGGAGCUUUGUCUAUGCCGGUGAUCCCCAUGAAUACGGCUGCUGAAGCAAUCAUCAAUAUGAUCAACCAAGGCCAAAUACAGGUCACCAUCAACAGCUUCACUGUCAGCAAUGGCCUUGCCACCACACAGAUUAAUAAUAAAGCUGCCACUGGGGAGGAAGUGCCACGCACAAUAGUCGUGACCACCCGCUCCCAGUAUGGUCUUCCAGAGGACUCCAUUGUUUACUGCAACUUCAACCAACUCUACAAGAUCGAUCCUCCAACUCUUCAGAUGUGGGCCAAUAUCCUAAAACGUGUGCCCAACAGUGUAUUGUGGCUUCUUCGGUUCCCCGCUGUGGGGGAGCCUAACAUCCAGCAGUAUGCUCAGAACAUGGGUCUGCCAGGUUCUCGCAUCAUCUUCUCUCCAGUGGCCCCCAAAGAGGAACAUGUUAGGAGGGGCCAGCUGGCUGAUGUGUGCUUGGACACGCCUCUGUGCAAUGGUCACACCACAGGCAUGGAUGUUCUCUGGGCUGGAACACCCAUGGUCACGAUGCCAGGUGAAACCCUUGCCUCACGAGUGGCUGCUUCACAACUCAGCUGCCUUGGUUGCCCGGAACUUAUUGCCCAUACACGGCAGGACUAUGAGGACAUAGCAGUCAAGUUGGGCUCUGACAUGGAAUACCUGAAGAUGAUCAGGGCACGUGUUUGGAAGCAGCGCAUCAGCAGCCCUCUCUUCAACACCAAACAGUACACCAUAGACCUGGAAAGACUGUAUCUGCAGAUGUGGGAGCACCAUAGCAACGGCAACAAGCCGGAACAUCUGUUCAAAGUCCACACGGUAGAUGGUAGCGACAACGCCUGAACUGUUAAGCCCUCCAUUUCCUCGUAAUUAUUCACAAUACCACCACCAAUAUAAUCCUUCCCACCGUCAUUUUUCAAAGCAUAAAAAUGCAAGCUUGAAUGGUUUACUUGCAGCACCCUUCCAGUGAAAUACAUGUUUCACAUGCUCUUUUAAUUGGGACCCAAGGAUCAAGAACACAAAUACCCACCUUAGUCCCCAUCAUAACGUUUUAUCCCUUUGUUGUUGUGUAUCCUGAGUGAUCUUGGAAGGCAUGACAGACUUGAGUGCCCAUGAUAAACUACUUGGAUUGAUGGUCCUCACCCCCACCCGCUUUUCAUGUGUUGUGUGCACAGGACUAAUUCCAGUACGUGGACAAAUUGCCCCAACCCUUAUAGUUGUUCUAUUUAUAAUUGGUUAAAGGAUAUUAUUUGUUGUUUUUGUAUGACAGUUUUGCGCCAUGGAAAUUUUAAGUCUUACUUAAAUUCAGUUUGAACCUGUAAUUUUAACACGGAUUGCAACUGCACUCUAAUUUCUCCCAAGAUGUUAUUUAAGUGUAAGGAGUGAAUGGGAACUUUUUUUUGAGAGAAAUACGACUUCCUCUUCUCAGAAAAUGACUAAUUUAGUUGUCCUAUUUGAUGUUACACUGUUUACUGACAGUAAUGUUCAUUUUGGAUACAUCUUGGAACAGAAUAGCGGAAAAAAAUGAUCAAUCUUGUUUUAAAUCACAGAAGGAACGGCCUAGGUAAGUAUUUUCUCAACAGUUUUUGUUAUUGUAUAGUGUUGCGUUUAUGCUGUCAGUUAUGCUUUGCUCUGAAUAUGGGGGGAAAAAUAAAGAUGGCAAUUUGCGAAGUCUUUUUU